CGAGUGACAGUGGGAGACGAACUUCCCUUCUAUCUGAGCAACCUAUCAACUCUCCAACCUGAAUAACCGUGUUAGCCUCUGUGGCCUGUCCUUGGCACGGCAUAGGGACAGGGAAGGUGUUAGCUUAAGUCACAACGCUUUUAAAAGUCUAAUGGGAGGGACCGUCAGGCCUUUUAGGAACAUUCCCGUCAUGUCUGACACGCAAGAAGCUACCAGACAGAUCCUGGAUCUGAACCUUCGUGAGAGCGAGAGGUCUGUGCCUGUGACAGAAAGUGGCUUUGGGAGUGAGUCCAAGCAUUUCCGAGUCACUAUUGGAGCCACUGUCCCUACGGGCUUUGAGCAAACAGCUGCAGAUGAAGUGAGAGAGAAAUUGAAGUCAUCAUGCACAAUCAGCAAAGACCGGGGCAAGAUAUAUUUUGAUAUUGCAGUGGAAAGUCUGGCUCAGGUUCAUUGUCUGAGAUCAGUUGAUAACUUGUUUGUGGUUGUUCAGGAGUUUAAAGAUUACCAGUUCAAAAACACAAAGGAAGAGGUUCUAAAGGACUUUGAAGAAUUGGCUGAAAAGCUCCCAUGGUCGGACCCUUUAAAAGUUUGGCAAAUUAACACCACUUUCAAGAAGAAGAAAGCAAAGCGCAGAAAGGCAAAUCAGAGUGCAGGUAAAGAGAAGGUUGACUGUGGACAAGGAGAUAAAGAAGAUGAGAAAGAUAGUAAGAAGCUUGCCAGCAGCAUUACAGAUUCACAUAUCUUGGACUAUUAUGAAAAUCCAGCCAUCAAAGAAGAGAUAUCAACUUUAGUAGGUGAUGUCUUGGCAUCUUGCAAAGAUGAAACUGGUGAAAGCUUAAGAGAAGAAACUGAACCACAAGUACAGAAGUUUAGAGUUACCUGCAACAGAGCAGGAGAAAAACAUUGCUUUACCUCAAAUGAGGCUGCGAGAGAGUUUGGGGGUGCUGUUCAGGAGCAUUUCAAGUGGAAGGCUGAUAUGACCAACUUUGAUGUAGAGGUUCUUCUAAACAUCCAUGAUAAUGAAGUCAUUGUUGGCAUUGCACUGACAGAGGAGAGUCUCCAUCGCAGAAAUAUUACACAUUUUGGACCUACAACUCUUAGAUCAACUCUUGCCUAUGGGAUGCUAAGGCUAUGUGAACCUAAACCUACUGAUGUAAUAGUGGAUCCAAUGUGUGGAACAGGGGCUAUACCAAUAGAGGGGGCUACUGAGUGGUCUCACUGUUACCAUAUUGCUGGGGACAACAACCCACUGGCAGUGAACAGAGCAGCAAAUAACAUCUCAUCUCUAUUAACUAAGAGCCAGAUUAAAGAUGGAAAAACAUCCUGGGGUUUGCCGAUUGAUGCUGUUCAAUGGGAUAUCUGCAACCUUCCACUGAGAACUGCUUCUGUGGAUAUUAUCGUAACAGAUAUGCCAUUUGGUAAAAGGAUGGGCUCCAAGAAGAGAAACUGGAAUCUAUAUCCAGCAUGCCUUCGGGAAAUGAGCCGUGUCUGUAGACCGGGGACAGGCAGAGCUGUACUGCUUACCCAGGACAAGAAAUGUUUUAACAAGGCAUUAUCUGGAAUGGGACAUGUGUGGCGAAAGGUCCAUACAGUCUGGGUGAACAUCGGGGGCCUUCAUGCUGCAGUCUAUCUUCUGAAACGCACGGCUCAAGCCUUUGUUCAUCCCUCAGAACAAGAUGGACAAAGAGGCCCUCCUUGGUAAAGCAAAGAAUGAAGACGACUUAAUAGUAUUUGUAGUUCCUAACACUGGCAAUGUCAGCAUAAAGACCUUGCUUUGGGAGAAAAAUAGCAGAAAAGUAUCUUAGUUUUGCAGUUUUAACUGCUUAACUACUCUGGAAUGCUUUAUUGUUAGCAAGGUGAUUGUAAUAGUAUUUCCUGAGGACCCUACGUUGCUUGGUUUCUAGGUUUUAGAACACUUCCGGCCACGUUCUAUUGCCUGUUAUGCAGCCUGUUCUAUAUAUCACCCUCAGAAACUGAAGCAUCUUAAGACCUACAGUUUGCCAUUUGCCUUAAAAUAAAUACACACAACCAAAA